AUGGCAGAGACGGCGGCGGCGGCGGUGCUGCUGCCGCUGGCGGGUCGGCGGAACGUGCUGGUGACGAGCGCGCUGCCGUACGUGAACAACGUGCCGCACCUGGGCAACCUGGUCGGCUGCGUGCUCAGCGCCGACGCGUACGCGCGCUACUGCCGCCUCCGGGGCCACAACGUGCUCUUCGUCUGCGGCACCGACGAGUACGGCACCGCCACCGAGGCCAGGGCGCUCCAGGAGGGGUGCUCGCCGCGGGAGGUCUGCGACCGCUUCCACGCCCUCCACCGGGAGGUGUACCGGUGGUUCGGCAUCCGCUUCGACCACUUCGGCCGCACCUCGUCGCAGCAGCAGACGGAGAUCUGCCAGGGCGUAUUCCGGAGGCUACUGGACAACGGCUGGCUCUCGGAGAAGACGAUCCAGCAGCUCUACUGCGGCUCGUGCGAGAGGUUCCUGGCGGACAGGCUCGUCGAGGGCUCCUGCCCCGUGGAGGGGUGCGGCCAUGACUCCGCGCGCGGCGACCAGUGCGAAAGAUGUGGGGAGUUGCUCAACUCGAUCGAGUUGAUCGAUCCCAAGUGCAAGGUUUGCGGGAGCGCGCCAUGCGUCCGCGACACGGAUCACCUGUUCCUGGAGCUCCCCCUGUUGAAGGAGAAGCUGGAGGGGUACAUUGACGGGGCCUCUGGAGAUGGGUCUUGGAGCCACAACGCCGUCCAUGUGACGAACGCUUGGCUCAAGCCUCGGUGCAUCACCAGGGACCUCAAAUGGGGCGUCCCUGUGCCACACGACAAAUACAAAGACAAGGUGUUCUACGUGUGGUUUGACGCUCCAAUCGGGUACAUCUCCAUAACAGCAUGCUACACGCCUGAAUGGGAGAAGUGGUGGAAGAACCCUGAGAAUGUUGAAUUAUACCAGUUCAUGGGCAAAGACAAUGUUCCGUUCCACACGGUCAUGUUCCCCGCCACGCUACUUGGAACUGGCGAAAAUUGGACUUUACUGAAGGCAAUUAGUGUGACUGAAUAUCUGACCUACGAAUCUGGAAAGUUUUCCAAAGCUAAGGGCAUUGGAGUCUUUGGCAAUGAUACAAAAGACACAAACAUUCCUCCUGAAGUUUGGCGAUACUACUUGCUUACCAACCGUCCUGAGGAGAGUCAGUUUUGGAAGCUUUACAAACAAGAUCCACCUGGUUGCGCAACUGUGAUGAAGACUUCCGUUGGCCUUGUGUACCUCCUGGCCUGUUUGCUGGAACCUUUCAUGCCGUCCUUCUCAAAAGAGGUCCUCCAACAGCUCAAUCUAUGUCCAGACGAGCAUCUGUCAUUUUGUGAUGAAAAAGGAGAUAGAGACAAAGCAAAAAGGCCAUGGGAUCUCAUACCAUCAGGCCACAGGAUAGGGAAACCUGCACCUUUAUUCAAAGGAUUGGAUGACAACACAGUGAAGGGCUUCAAGGAAAAAUUUGCAGGCAGUCAAACUGAAAGAAGAUUGAGGGCUGAAGUUGCUGCACAAUAGGAAGACACAAAACUAUCUAGCUACUAUCAUAUGUGCUUCAACCUCAUAUUCCAUCACCACCCUGCUAAAAAUAUAUAUAUUCUUGCAUUUUUGCUGAGUGCCUGUACCAAGUUAGAGCAAUGUAAGUUGGAGGGAUGAAUUAGAAAUUUAGAAUGUAGGAGUAAAUAUUGUACAUGUUGAUAAUGAUGCAUUUAGGAAAUGUACAUAAUUUGGGCUUCAAGUAGAAACUUGGGUAUUUGACUGGAAUAGUAAGUCAUUGUAAAAAACAAAACUAAUCUAUACUUUCAUGGUGCCGACUGCACGUAUCUGAACUGCCUGGAAGGAAACAGCCCAAAUGGGUCCUUCAUAAUCCUUGACGCGCCUUGUCUGGGACAACACCUUAAACGCUGCUGAAGAUAAUUUAAUUCUCUAAACAACAAGAAUGUUGGGACCGUGGCCAACUGUGUUACCACGAUACGUCAGGGAGCGGGCGUAUCCCGUAUCCGAUACCGAUACAUCACGGAUACAUCAGAGAUACGUCGAGACGCUCGCUCAUCAUUUUCUCUGACAGAUCAGCGCCUCCUAGCUCUUCUUGGUCUCCCCUCUUGCAGCCUCCUAACUCAGCAUCACGCUCUAGUCCAUUCCUGUCGCUUGCCCAUCACCCAGCUGCCUAGUACAACUUCCUAUCCCUUCCGCUCUCUACACCCUACCUUUGUUCUGCCUGCUCUAUGCUCUUGCUUGGUAGCUAGUGCUCUUCUCUAAUGCUGCGUGCUUGUGCUCUUGUGAAAAACGAUAUAAUCACAAGCUUAUUUAUUGUCUCUGCUAUUACAAGUAUUAUAUUAAUUGUUUUUCAAAAAUAGUAAAACAUAUCCACGUAUCGGUUUUUUUUGAAAAAUGGCAUAUCCCUGUAUCCGUAUUGGUAUAUGUAUCCGUAUCCGUGACGCAUAGGUGGCCAAGUCCAUGCCAAGCCAUACCGGCAGGCGAGGUGCUGAUUCCAUUUUCUAUGCAGAGAGAACCUAUAUGGAGAGGAAUCAAGAACAGCAGACUUUUUCUAUGCAGACUCUUGUGAUGUAGUUUGGCAACUUGGCACUCUCCAAUUGUGUCAAAGAUAAGCUUGUUUGUUCCGUGUUAACUAUUCAUGUACUGGUAAACAACAAAUGCAUUUUGUGUUAUAUUAAAAAUGAAAAAAAGUGGUGAAAAUAUUUUGUUUUUCUCGAUGCGAGGAUCUCCCCCAUUUCCAUUGCCCAUAACGGAAAUACUGUAAGUUUGCGUACAAGAAAAGAAAAACAAACUGGAAGGACACCAACCUAGGGGAAACUCCUAAACCUGAUUCAAGCCUAGAAGCCAUGCAGGGUCUGCAUGCGAAGUUGGGCCUUUUUUUCCCUUCAAUCCUCCUCCUGGUAAUGUUCAGAUUCCACCAUGGGCAGAGCCGUCAUCAGUGAUCCCGGUUGAUUCGCCAAGAUGCAGCAGGCCACAUUCAUCAUCACCUUCACGCCUUCAAGCAGCUUGCUCUGGAGCUCAUUGCUCUAAAGGCCUGCCUAGUAAUUCAUGAAUGAGCAUGCAUAGCAAAUAAUUUCAACUGGAUGUUUGGUGAGCUUUUUCUCAAACAAGCUCUAUUUCUUGUUUUCCAGACUGCCCAGCAGAUCAUCGCCACCCCAAAGGUGUAUAUUUCACCACCAUUUGGAAGCCAUUUUGCAAUCCAGGUCCAGUAUUAUCUCAUAUUGGUUGGCACAUCAGUAGCCCCAAAGCACAUUCCCACCACACCUCAUACAACCUUAGCUACUGGGCAUUGAAAAAAAAGAUGUGAGGCUGUUUCAGUCUGUUCACAAAAAAACAUGUUGGGUCACCCACCCACUUCCUCCUGACCAUGUUGUCUUUUAUCAGGAUAGAGUUAUUUUCUAGUAACCAGAGAAAAAUCUUUAUUUUGUAUGGAAUUUUACUUAUCCAGAUUCUAGUAAAACUAUCCCCCACUAUCAUUUCUGGUCAGAUAGUCAUGUACCGAUUUGACAGUGAAAUUACCCCCCACCCCAUUUCCAGGAUAUGACAUCUUGUUCAUCGACAAGGGUCCUACUCAUAGCUGAUUGUUGGAUUCCCACCCACUGAUCAUAAAGGAAGAAUGGUAACCAUAUCCUGAAGUUCAGAGUUCCAUUCUUUUCAACGAAAGCUGCAACACUAAUCUUUUUAUUCCCACAUAAUUCAUAUAGCACAGGGUACUUACAACAAAGAGGCUUGUUGAGUAACCAGAAAUCCUCCCAGAAGAUAGUAUUCUCGCCAUUCUUAGUCGUCACCACUCUCCCUAUAUGUCUCACUUUUAGUAGGUCCCCCCAGAUGGGAGAAUCAUCAAAUUUAUGCUUAACAGUGCUUACCAAAUCAUUGUUGAGGUAUUUGGAUUUAACUAUUUCCUGCCAAAUGCCUGUUUCAUUUUCCAGCCUCCACCACCACUUGCACAGCAAACUGAUAUUCACUGUCCUGAUGUCUUUAAUGCCAAGGCCUUCUUUCUUUUUUGAUUUGAAAAUUAUCUCCCACUUCACCAAAUGGUAUUUUCUCUUCUGGCUACCCCCUUGCCAAAAGAAGGUUCUUCGCUUGCCGAGGGAGGCAGUAGUUGUUUUGGGCAAAAGGUAUAGUGAUAUGUGAUAGAUGAAGGUACUGGAUAAACUAGAGUUAAUAAGUGCGG